AAGGGCCGCCCUCUCGUUCUGAGCCGCGGCUGUCCCAGGAGCGAACGGAUAAGGCGGCGUAGACUCAGUCGUCCGAUCCACUCGCGCUCCGCACCCGGGCCCUCUCCAAGUUGGAAAGGACAAAAAGAAGGCAAUAAAUGCUAACAAGGGAGAGAGAGGGAGCCGGAUCGAGCGGCAACUCCCAGCCUCCGCUGGAAGAGAGAGGGAGGGAGGGAGCCGGAGAGAGCGGGCGCGCGCGAGGGCGAGCCAUGCACGGAAAGAAACUGACACCCGGACCCCCCACUUCUCCUGCACGUUGCUGGCAAUCAGAUUGCGUUUAAGCAAUUUCCUGAGCCCAAGAAUAGCAAUGAGUCUGGAGACUUUCGCGGGCUGAAACUGGGAGCUCCAAGCACUUUUCCCCCCUACUUUCUUUUUUUUUUUUUUUUUCCUGGAAAAGGGGUUGGGGGGGCGCUACAAUUUGGAAACGUGUUUUUUUUUUUUUAUCUUGCACUUUGAAACCGCGGGACUGUAGCAGGGUGCGCGCGUGUGGUUGGUGCCUCUUUUUUUUUUUUUUUUUUUUUCCUUCCCCUGCCUAAACUCCUCUGUCAGCCUGUAAACAUUACCUGAGAAUUCCCCAGCCGAAACGGCUGGCUGCCGGGGCAAGAAAGUUCUUGUUAGAACUUUCCACCUCUGGCUUCCCCUCCACCCCUCUUACUGUCCCAACCUUCGGAGACGCUUUUUCUCCUCCGGAGGAUUUAUCUUUUUUUUUUUCUCUCUCUCCCCCCUCUUUUUCUCACCGGGUGCUUGCUUUGCAUUGGGGAAGAGGUGAUUUCAAGAGUGGCCAGGUGGGACGCCUCUCUGCCCCCUUAUUCGGUUUACUUAUUACUGUUUGGGGGUGUUUUCUUUUUUAAGUCCUGUUUUGUUCGGUGCGGGGAGUUUGGCCCCCGCCGCCCGGCUCCGCGGCGCGGAGGAUGGUGUGGAAACGGCUGGGCGCGCUGGUGGUGUUCCCUCUGCAGAUGAUCUAUCUGGUGGUGAAGGCUGCGGUCGGGCUCCUGCUGCCCGCCAAGCUGCGGGACCUGUCCCGGGAGAACGUCCUCAUCACCGGCGGCGGGAGAGGCAUCGGGCGCCAGCUAGCUCGCGAGUUCGCGGAGCGCGGCGCCAGAAAGAUUGUUCUGUGGGGCCGGACUGAGAAAUGCCUGAAGGAGACGACGGAGGAGAUUCGGCAGAUGGGCACCGAGUGCCACUACUUCAUCUGUGAUGUGGGCAACCGGGAAGAGGUGUACCAGACAGCCAAAGCUGUACGGGAGAAGGUGGGUGACAUCACCAUCCUGGUGAACAACGCUGCCGUGGUCCACGGGAAGAGCCUGAUGGACAGCGAUGAUGAUGCUCUUCUCAAGUCCCAGCACAUCAACACCCUGGGCCAGUUCUGGACCACCAAGGCCUUCUUGCCGCGGAUGCUGGAGCUACAGAACGGCCACAUCGUGUGUCUGAACUCCGUGUUGGCACUCUCCGCCAUCCCUGGCGCCAUUGACUACUGCACGUCCAAAGCCUCAGCCUUCGCCUUCAUGGAGAGCCUGACCCUGGGGCUGCUGGACUGUCCAGGCGUCAGUGCCACCACCGUGCUGCCCUUCCACACCAGCACCGAGAUGUUCCAGGGCAUGAGGGUCAGGUUCCCCAACCUCUUCCCCCCACUGAAGCCAGAGACAGUGGCCCGGAGGACAGUGGAAGCCGUGCAGCUUAACCAGGCCCUCCUCCUGUUGCCGUGGACGAUGCACGCCCUCAUUAUCUUGAAAAGCAUACUCCCACAGGCUGCCCUCGAGGAGAUCCACAAAUUCUCAGGAACCUACACCUGCAUGAACACUUUCAAAGGGCGGACAUAAAGACAGGAUGGAGAAACAGGCUCAAAAGCCACGGAACCUGAGGGGGCAUGGGCACCUGGGCACACGCCUACGUGCCUGUCCCUCAGCACACUUCUGCUGGGUGAGCAGGACUGCUUCUAUCCUGGGGAAGAAUCCGGCUGACCCCUAGCCAGCCCCAGGACCUUUGCACAGGACUGAUGGGCAUAACUCUGACCCCCAUGGGGAGGCAAGAAAUCAGCCAGCAGCUGCCUUGACACUUUUGUACAUUUCUGAUUCUGUAGAGUUUAUUGUUAAAUCGCUUCUCAAGUCUAACCAGCCUUGGCAAUGCGCAUAGACCAUUUCUGGGAUGGUCUGUGGCCACAUGCUCCUCCUUCACCUCCAAAAUUCACUUAUCCUCAGCUUGUGCAAACUGGUUGAACGGCAGGAAUAUAUAAAAUAAAGAGAGAAAGCUUUUGUGAA